GUUAUUUCGUGAGAUGCUUCUACAAGGAAUCAAGCCAGACGGUUUUACUAUCUCUAGUUUGGUUAGUUCCUGCGCCAAAUUGGCCCUUUUGCAUCAUGGUCAGGUUGUGCAUGGGAAAUCGAUUACAAUAGGAGUUGAUAAUAACUUGCAGGUGACUAGUGCUCUUGUUAAUAUGUAUUGCAAAUGUGGAGUCAUUGAGGAUGCCUGGGUUCUAUUUAGCAUGACGCCAACCAGGAAUGUGAUUUGUUGGAACUCCAUGAUUUGGGGCUUCGCACAAAAUGGACAGGAUAUUGAAGCACUAGCCCUCUAUGAAAAAAUGUUGCAGGAAAACUUAAAACCAGACAGCGUUACUUUUCUCAGUGUUCUGUCUGCUUGUCGUCAUGCUGGUUUGGUCGAAAAGGGACAGGGAUAUUUUCGUCGAAUUAGUGAAUUGCACAGCAUGACACCCACUUUGGAUCAUUAUGCAUGCAUGAUAGGUCUUCUUGGUUGUUCAGGUAAUUUAGAUAAGGCAGUGGAUCUAAUUAAAGACAUGCCACAUGAUCCAGAUUCCCUAAUUUGGUCCACCCUUUUAUCUGUAUCUGCAAAGAAGAGCAAUAUCAAACAUGGGGAGAUGGCUGCUAGGCACCUCUUUGAAUUGGAGCCUCUCAAUGCUGGCCCUUAUAUCAUGCUUUCUAACAUGUAUGCCAGCUUAGGGAGAUGGGAAGAUGUCAAAUCUCUGAGGUCUCUCAUGAAGGCUAAGAAUGUCAAAAAGUUUGUUGCUUAUAGUUGGAUUGAGAUUGAUAAUUACAUCUUUAAGUUUGUAGCAGAGGAUCGGACUCAUCCAGAAACAGAAAUGAUAUAUAAAGAGCUGAACAGACUUAUUAAAAAGCUGCAAGAAGCUGGUUUUACUCCUGAUACAAACUUAGUUCUACAUGAUGUUGUUGUGGAGGAAAAGUUUGAAUCCAUUUGUUAUCACAGUGAGAAACUUGCUCUUGCAUUUGGACUGAUAAAGAAACCUGAUGGAACAAUACCAAUAAGGAUCAUGAAGAAUAUUCGUGUUUGCAGUGACUGCCAUGAAUUCAUGAAGUUUGUGUCUAGUGUUGUUGGACGUACCAUUGUCUUGAGAGAUUCAAAGAGAUUCCAUCAUUUUAUUGGAGGGAAAUGCUCCUGCAAUGAUUACUGCUUUUCUGUUUUAGUACUGGAGGUCCAUGGCAGAAGGGGAAUUUCUGAUGAAAACAAAAGCCACAGAUAGAGAAGGAAACAUUAUGAGGCAAGGAUGAACCACAUGAAGAUGGAAGGAAAUAUCUGCUGGAGAAUUUGUGAAGGGAAAAAGUUCUUAAGCUGGUAAUCUUGGAGAUUUUUUUCACAGGUCUACCCUGGAGGGAUGCACCUGAACAAUACUUUUGGUUUUGGAUGGUAAAGUUUUCUGCAAACAGAAACCGAAGAUAUAGAGAUUAGAUAUAUACACAGCUGAACAAGGAAUAAUCUGAGACCUCCUUAGUGCUUUCCUCCUGGAAAGAUGAUAACUAAAAAGAUUAAAUUAAAAAAACAAUUAUUAUUUUAAACACUUCAUCUGAAAAA